AUGGCGGCGAUGAGGGCAACUAGCAGGCACAUCUUCCGGAGGUUCUCGAGCGGGGGCAAGGUCCUGAGCGAGGAGGAGAAAGCGGCCGAGAACGUAUACAUCAAGGUCAUCUCAUUUCCCCUUCUCGUGGUCGUUAAGCGUCGUCGACUCAGCUUACUGCGGGUUUUUACCAUGAGCAUUGGUUCGGGUCAUAUUUUAAGUUGAUUAGAUUGCCAAACCUGGGGGUUCCUAAUCUGCUCGGCCUUAUAGCAUGUGGAUUUGCCCAAUUCUGGGUCUGAAUCUGUUCUUUCGUGAAUGUGCGGAGGAGCUUUUGGGCCUUGAGUCGCCGUGGUGUGUCUAAUACGUGCAGCGUGAUCUGAUGAUUAACUAGAAACUCCGAACACUGCGGAGGAGCUAUUGAAGUCGAUCAACUCAAUGAUCUUGGGGUAUCUGCCAAGCUUCCUGUGCGUUACUGCUUGGUUGCACGUCUAAGGGUUCACUAGUUCUGAUCAUAUCUUAGUUUAUUUUUAGAUGUUUUUUAUGGAAUUUACGGUUGUGAAACAUUGCAUUAAUUAGUGAAGCCGGAGUAUUUACGGUUGUGAAACAUUGCAUUAACUAGUUCUGAUCAUAUCUCAGUCCUAAGAUUAUUUAUAAAUCCAGUUUACCUGUACAUCUCUGCACCGUAUUUAUAUGAUUUUACUUUAUUUGGCUUUGACAAAGAAAAUAAAGUCAAUUCUGACGCCAUGUCUCCUGUAAGCAAUACAUAUUAUUGGAACCCCAUCAACCGUUGGGAGCUUUCCGUAGAAAAAAGAACAAUUGCACUUGACUAUCCGAAAGGAAUUUGCAUAUUCCACUCUCCUUUUUUUGUAAACUUGUUUUUUUCUUUUGGUAGAAACAAUCCUGGUAUUUGGAUGUUUGGUUGAAGUUACUGUUACCUUACUUUCUUUUAGGUCAGUACUUUGUCUUUAAAAUCUAAAAUUUCCAUUAGUCUGAUCAUCAUUAUGAUCCUAAGCAAACAUUCCCGUAAACGCAGCCAUUAUGAACCAGUUCUGAGUUGGUUUGCACUUGUAAGAUCCAUUCUAACGACAACCAUGGUUAGGGUUUUGCACUACUCUGUGAUUGGAAUCUGCACCACACUCUUGUGGUUUACUUCCCCUCAUCAUUGGUUACAGAAACUUCUAUUUUUCUGUUGAGACUCAAAGAAACUUUAUAUAAAAUUCUCAUUUAUUACUUAGGGGAGGAGUCUAAUUGUUCUGGUCGAAGCAUCUGGCACACAAGAAAGGUAAUGAUAGAUCUAUGAGACAUAAAUUCUGGCUGUAAAUGUACGUUUAUUUAGAAGAAGUGAUUGUUUCAGGAUAGUUGUCUCGUCUGUUAACCGAUACUGAUGAAGUGCUCUAUGAUUGCUAUAAUUAAUCUAAUUUUAAUCUAGCUACCCGUAUCUUAGAAUCAGGAAUAUGCUCAAAGACCAUUACCUGUGAUCGGUCAAUUUGUAUGCUUAUUUUCCAUUCAUCGGUUUAUUAAACCACCGUGUCAACUAAUGUGCGAAAUGCGCUUCGUUUUUCUUCAGUGAAGUAGUGAGAUUCUAUUUUUUAAUACCAAGAACAUGGUUUCCUCAUUUUGAAUUUAAAUUGCUCCUGCAAUAUUUAUUCCUGAUCUGAGAACCACACAUUUCCUCGACUUUUUUUUUUUCUUUUUUCUUUUAACAGAAAGUAGAACGAGAGAAGUUGGAGAAGCUCGCACGUAAGGUGCGGCAAUGCCAGACUACCCACUUUCAGAAACCGACCUCAUUUCCACCAGUACGACUAAAACUAUAACUAUUUUUAUCGUCAUAAACUUGUGCUGCACUAUCAGGGUGCCCAACAGGGAGAACAGCCGUCAGGAGCCGCGGGAGGAGCCACUGCAACUGAUGCCGGUGCGACCGGUACCCAGGCUGGGGCCUCCACAGCCGGUUCCUCUGCCGAGAAGAGCACCAACUAUCUGGCGAUUGGCGGCGGAGUUGCUGCUCUUGCCGCCAUCGGCUGGUACUUUGGAACCAGAAGCAAGAAAUCGGAGGAGGUGAAGAACUAG